AUGCCACUUGUUAUAUUUGAUAAUGGUAUGUAUGGUAAUGAUACUGUAAAAAUGAGGGGACAUAUCACUGGAGUCACCGGUAGAUUAUAUAAAGAGCUAUUGAGGAGACAACGGACGUUUCUAACUGCUGUUGCUGAUAUUGCCGAGUUUCGCACAUCAAAAAGUGACGAUAUGGAAGACGUGAAAAUCCAAGAUGGCUCAAGACUCUUCAGUACUAAAGUGCGUAAAGCUUACCAAGUACUAUGGCAACGCGAUGUUAAUGCCUCAAAAAACAUUACCACCAUUGUCAAGGCUAUCUGGACUGGCCAGGAAAGACCUGGCCCUUACAAGAGGGACCGCUACCGAAGGCGGUGCUGUCAGCUUUUCGGAACAGACAGCUUAAAGAUAUUUACAUGUUUAGGUGAGCUCAUCUUGUAUGAAUACUACUAUAUACUUUUUACGGUUUUAUUAAUGGAUGCUUGGGAUCCCUACCAUACUCAGACAAGAUAA